GAAAAAUAGUAAACAUAAACAAAAAUUAAAAAUACUAAAAUAAUAAUAAAAAUUAAAAACAAAUAUAGAAAUGGAUACAAAUUUAAAUAUAAUAAAUGAAGUUAAAAAACAUGAUUGUCUCUACAAUAAACAAUCAGAAUCAUAUAAAGAUUUUGUUUACAAGAAUUCUUUGUGGAGUAAAACUGGCAUUGAUCUAGGAAUACCGGGUGAAAAAGUCAAGAAAAAAUUUCGGAAUUUACGUGAUGCCUACAUAAAGUAUAAAAGAUUUGUGGAGAAACCAGAAAUUAAUAUCUUUCGAAAACCUUAUAAAUAUGCUCAAUAUUUUACUUUUUUAGACGAACUAAACCCAGCAGAAUUCACUUCGCAUAACAUAUCUGAAAGUUCUCUAGAUAUAACUGCUGAAUACUGCAGCGAUUUAGAAGAUUCAUAUUUUGAAGAUUCAUCACAGGAUCCUUUUGAAUUGACAGAUAGCACUGCUAAUAUUAAGGCUACACAGCAAGCUGAGACCAAUUCAACUAAAGAUUAUCAAAUAAGUGAAAGGAGCAAUAAACGUAAACGUUUUACCACCGAAUACAGUACUCAGGAUAGUGAAAUACAUCAUGGAUAAAACUCUACGUUUCUUUUCGUCUGGACAAACAAAAGAUGUUUCUAGUUUAAAUCAAAACAAUGAAAACAAAGGUCUGGCAGCGCAAACAAAUGGUUUUCGAGAGACUGCGGCCAAUAAUAGCAGACACAUACAAAAUGAAAAUAUCAAUAUGAAGAGAAAAGAUAGUGAUAAUUUCUUUUAUAUGCUAUGGCAUUCCUAGAAAAUUCCUAACAGUUCCGCAUUUCUUAGUUUGUUUUCCAACUGGAUUUAUAGGGAACUGCAUUAAUUAACGAAUAUUUUCUUUUUUAAUUAUUUUUCUUAAACGGUGUAUUUUGUUUUUAUUACAUUUUUUGUUUUAAAAUUGUGUACUAAAGUUACCUGCUUAAAUAUUGUUUUAUUGAAAUUUUGUGAUUUUUUUUUUUUUGAAAACAAAAUUCAUUAAUUAAUUAAUUAUAGUGAUAUUAGUAUUUAAGUUUAUAUUAAACAAAAACAAAAAUCUUUUAAAAUCGCCUUGACAAUUACAUCAUUUUAUUUGAACUUGUACAAAACUUAAAAAAACGCAUGGAUGCAUUUACAAUUUUUACUUUAUUUUUUUGGUUGGCAUUUUAUAUAAUUUUUGGUCCACUGAUGUAUUUUAUUUGUGUUUAUUUACCCGAACUUCCAGUGCGUUAUAUCAAGAGUUUAAGGCGUAACGAUUUUAUGACAAGUUAUUAAGCUAUAAAUAUAUAUAUAUAUAUUUUUAAUAUUGUUAAUAUUAAUUGUUUUAUAAAAUAAUUUGUGUGUUUUUUACAAUAAAAUGUAUUAUUUAAUGCAAAAUUUAUCAAAA